AUGGCUCGUACCAAGCAAACCGCUCGCAAGUCCACUGGUGGCAAGGCCCCUCGCAAGCAGCUCGCAUCCAAGGCUGCCCGCAAGUCUGCCCCCAGCACCGGUGGUGUCAAGAAGCCUCACAGAUAUAAGCCUGGUACCGUCGCUCUCCGUGAGAUUCGUCGCUACCAGAAAUCCACUGAGUUGCUCAUCCGCAAACUGCCCUUCCAACGUCUCGUCCGUGAAAUCGCUCAAGACUUCAAGUCCGACCUUCGCUUCCAGUCAUCCGCCAUCGGUGCUCUUCAGGAAUCCGUCGAGGCUUACCUCGUCUCUCUCUUUGAGGAUACCAACCUUUGCGCCAUCCACGCCAAGCGUGUCACCAUCCAGUCCAAGGACAUCCAGCUUGCCCGUCGUCUCCGUGGUGAGCGAUCCUAG